AUGAUUAGAAGAGCUUGCUCCAUUUGUGCCGGUGUCAAACCUGUCAAAUUUACAAGCUUCUCCCUGAUACCUCGUUUCAUACAUUCAGCAUCGGAACGACAUUUUCAUGUAAAUCUAAAUGCACAAACAAAAGAUACUUACCUUCAUCUGAUGCAACGAGAUUAUGAAAAACCAACCUUUUCCACACUCAAUAUUACUAUCCAAGAUUGCAAAGAAUGGAAGGAAUUGGAAUUUUUCAAGGCCAUGGGUAGAACCAUUCCAAGAGGAGGAGCUGGUUUAGCAAGAGGCGAAUUGGAGAUACUCCUCAAAUCUAGGGAGGUUAUGAAUCCUAUUGAUGGUGAAUUUCUCAUUAAAGUUUCACAAGUUUUGGAGAAGAAAGGUUCAUAUGCAGCUAGAAAAUAUGUGGAAUAUGAAUUGAGAACUGAUCCAACAAUUGCUAAAAAGAUUGUUGAUUGGGUAGAAGAGAAAUCGAAAAGAGAUGAUACAAGUGGAGGUGGUGGAGAAGUAAUUACCGAUACUAGCUCACCAAAUAUUCCUCCCAGAGAACGAAAGGAAAAGGAACAAGAAACUUAUGACGAUGAGCAGGAAUGGAUUGAUGAUUUUGGUGGAGGAUUGGAUGGUGGUGAUGGUGGUGGUGAUGGAGGGGGUGAUGGUGGAGGAGGUGAUUAG